ACUGGCACUACAUUGAAGUGCAUAUCGCGCUUAUGAUGAUCGAAGUGAUUGUUGUGAUCGUAUUUCUGGUCAUAUUUGGCCACCGAUUGUCACAACGACUGCAUUUCGCCCAAACAAACCCAUUGUCGGUCAAUGGCGGCGCACCGGCAGCUCUGGUAUCGCCUAAUAAACGGUCCCACCCUUACGGCAUUCCCAGUCAUUUGCCACCAAAAACACUCAAAUUUGAAGACGAUAAUAAAUCACAAGAAGUGAUGUCUAAUAAAGUGGCGAAUAGUCAGCGAAAAAUCCGAAAGAAAAAGCGAAAAACGCAAGCAAUCAAUGGUUUGAAUGCCUUAUCGCAGAGUUUGGACGGCAAAGCGCUG